CAGCGGUUACAUAACAAACCUGUGCAAGUCGCUAAGAAGCGGCUCGGGUGCUGGCGGCGGGGGCGGGGCCUGCACCGGGCCAGGCAAGAUGGCGGCAGUGGACCCCGAGUCUGCGCCUCUGACCCUAGAAUCGCUGCCCACCGAUCCCCUGCUCCUGAUCUUAUCCUUCUUGGACUAUCGGGACCUAAUCAACUGUUGCUAUGUCAGUCGAAGACUCAGCCAGCUCUCAAGUCAUGACCCUCUGUGGAGAAGACAUUGCAAAAAAUACUGGCUGAUAUCUGAGGAAGAGAAAGCACAGAAGAAUCAGUGUUGGAAAUCUCUCUUCAUUGAUACUUACUCCGAUGUAGGAAGAUACAUUGACCACUACGCUGCUAUUAAAAAGGCCUGGGAUGACCUCAAGAAAUAUUUGGAGCCCAGAUGCCCUCGGAUGGUUUUGUCUCUGAAAGAGGGCGCUCGAGAAGAAGACCUGGAUGCCGUGGAAGCCCAGAUCGGCUGCAAGCUUCCUGACGACUAUCGGUGUUCGUAUCGUAUCCACAACGGGCAGAAGUUAGUGGUUCCCGGGCUGUUGGGAAGCAUGGCGCUGUCUAAUCACUACCGCUCCGAGGACUUGUUAGACGUCGACACGGCGGCGGGGGGCUUCCAGCAGAGACAGGGCCUGAAGUACUGCCUGCCUCUAACUUUCUGCAUCCACACUGGUCUGAGUCAGUACAUAGCAGUGGAAGCUGCAGAGGGCCGGAACAAGAACGAAGUUUUCUACCAAUGUCCAGACCAAAUGGCCCAGAAUCCAGCUGCUAUUGACAUGUUUAUCAUAGGUGAUACUUUUACUGACUGGUUUACUUCCUAUGUCCACAAUGUUGUAUCCGGUGGCUUCCCUAUCAUCAGAGACCAAAUUUUCAGAUAUGUUCAUGAUCCGGAGUGUGUGGCGACAACUGGGGAUAUUACAGUUUCAGUCUCCACGUCGUUUCUGCCGGAACUUAGCUCUGUACACCCACCCCACUAUUUCUUCACAUACCGGAUCAGGAUCGAGAUGUCAAAGGAUGCGCUUCCCGAGAAGGCUUGUCAGUUGGACAGUCGCUACUGGAGAAUAACAAACGCUAAAGGUGAUGUAGAAGAAGUUCAAGGACCUGGAGUAGUUGGUGAAUUUCCAAUCAUCAGCCCUGGCCGGGUAUAUGAAUACACAAGUUGUACCACAUUCUCUACGACAUCGGGAUAUAUGGAAGGAUAUUAUACCUUUCACUUUCUUUACUUUAAAGACAGGAUCUUUAAUGUCGCCAUUCCCCAAUUCCAUAUGGCAUGUCCGACAUUCAGGGUGUCUAUAGCUCGAUUGGAAAUGGAAGAGGCAGAAGACGAGGAGGAAGACGAAUCAUCCUCAUAUGAGUGCGAAGAGAUGGAAGAGACAGAAGAAGAGAAGGAAGACGACGACGAUGAUUCGGCAGAUAUGGAUGACUCUGAUGAAGAGGACGAGGAAGGGAGGCCGAGGAGACUCUUCGAUGUUCCCAUUCGCAGACGCCGCUACUCACGCCUCUUCUAGCGAGCCUCUGCUAAUGGAACCACUGGAAUGAAUCCACUCUGUUAAAUAGAUUUCUCAAUAAUGUAAAUACCUAAAUUGUUCUCGGCGUUUAGCAAGAAACACUAGCUAAAUGAAAUGAAAUAUUGUUCUGGGCUCUGGAUGCUACACGACUCUUCAUUAGGAAUUGGAUUGUUUGAGUUUACUUAGUGAUUUUGAGGUUGAGGAAGAAAUGAGGAUUUUUUUUUUCUCUUUUAGAAGCCAAUGGGGGAGUAGUUCUCUAGCUAAGGAGUGGACAUUUCUUUGUUUAAAAGUAUUUUGUACUUAUAUGAAAGCAGGAGGGAAUUGCUUUGAAUAAGAACUAUAGCAGAAAUACCUACCCAAGGAUAGAAACUACGUGACUUGAAAAAUUCUGUGAAAAGACUUCCUGCAGUUGUCAUUUAGAAAUGAACACAAUUUGUAAUUAGGCUAAUCCAUUUAGUGAUUUCUAUAUAUUUUGUACUCAUAGGGAACUAAUUGACUGAAUAGGUUGAAUGCUAGUCUUUUUGUCCUUUCUUAGACAAUCUAUCCUUGAAUUUAAAAGUUUUUAUCACUAUAACUUUGAAUUUAAAGUCUUUAUGAUCUUGACUUUGAGUUUAGUCUUCAACUCUCCCAACCUUGAAUUUAAUUUAACAUCUUCAACAGGGCACCUUGGAUUCAAUUAAAAUCAUCAACAUUACUGUUGUUCACAGAUGCAUUUUUGAAAUGUAGAGUGUAAAAGUAUGUAUUAUGUUGUUUAUUAACAAAAUUCUUCACAAUGUCUUACAUAGUCUAAAUUUGUAAAUAUCGCUUUUUUUUCCUUUAUACACGCCUAAGUUUGUGGUAAGUGACAUGAAUUUUAUGUUAAGAUUUAAGUAUGUUUUCCUGAAACAUGGAUUUUUUUUUUGUAAUUAUAUUAUGGAGAGUUUGGAAUGAAGUCCUCCAAGUGUCAAAAACUCACAUUUUAAAAACAAAUCUUGGUUCUGA